AUGGUCCUCCCUGCCUAUUUAUACUGGUGGUUAAAUGGCUGUAUUUUCAUUCCCCCUUGCACCUCCGCUGCCCUGAUCAACAUGCAAUAUCCAUCGCUGAUCUUCCAGCCGAAUUCGGUCCCGACCAGUGUCUCCCUUUGGGAUGCCGCAAACAUAUUCAAAUAUGCGACUUCGCGGUUUACCGCGAUCUGGUUGGCCCUGGACCAGAGCCAAGUGUCUCAAACGUCUUCCUUCCGAAGAACCUUCGUCCGGCAUCUGGUCUGGGAAGCCAAGAGAUUUGUAUUCCCCUAUAUCAACAUAUAUGCCACUAGCAACACUUCCCCGGCCUUGCCGGAAUAUCUCAACAAGGUCGUGAUGAUGCUCACCCACUGGCAGGUGGGAAUUGUGGAUGACGAUGGCCUCUUCCGGUUGUUCCACACCCACCAAUUCAACAUGGCAGGCGACCUAAUGGUCCGCUACCGGAUCGUCUCCAACUAUGCCUACAGUUGGUGGAAUGACCAGUUCGAUGUUCAUCUGUUUGAGAUGCCCAUCCAUGUCCCAGUGGAAGAAGUCAUCCGAUUGUAUAAACGCCACAUGCAACAGCUUCCGGCCGCAUAUUUGCUGCUGCCGGAGAUGUGCAGGCAUGAUAUCGGUCUGGACCCCCUGUUGACCAAUCUCCGGGUCAUCAAAGACAAUCUUGGAGAUCUCGGUGCUCAGCUCGAGCAAUGGCUCUCCAGGAAGAUGGAAGAUGCAAAUGUUGCCUUGGAGGCCAUGACCGCCCUCGAGGGUCCGGUAGAUGACCUCCAUGAUGCCAUCGUGGCAUCACAGCAGUUGUUAGAUGGGACCCGGUCGAUGCAGGAGCCAGGCAAAUAUCAGUGA